AUGGCUGCGCUUGAGCAUUUGCCUGAUCCAUUCAUCACACUACCGUUUCGACAGGGAAAGGAGGAUGUGCCGGAGUGGGAGUUGUGUCUGAAAUUCAUUAGUAUGAAUCACUCCAGCAACAACACAAGCGCCGUUGAGGCGACGUUGAGGCGGAUGCAUGCCCUUCACAACAUAAUUGUACAAACCUGCCGCGCUGACGCCAAAGUCCCACCAACGGAGACGUUCAUUGAACAGACACUAAAGCCGUACUGCCAACUUGUGGCAAUGGCGCAGGCGCACCUUCCACUGCAUGGAGGGCAGGUGCACAAGAACCUGAUCUUUGUCUGGCGCGAUAGUUUUGAUGACAGCCACAAGAAUGAGUCAAAGAAUGGUAAUCUUGAAUUGAUUUGCUGCGUUUAUAACCUCGCUGCCUCCUGGGCAUACGUUGCGGCACAGCAGGCAAAGAGUGGGGUGGCAGGGGACGUCAAGAGUGCUUUUAAGGCUUUUCAGAACGCUGCAGGGUACUAUGAAAUGGCGGAGCAUCUUCUAACCCGACUUCCACCAGAGCAUGCCAAGGGUGAUUUAACGUUGGAGUCGAUGAGUUUGCUUCGUCGUAUGUGUCUUGUGAUGGCGCAUCACUCGGCGUACCUCAAAGCAGAAAAUGACAUGAAGGGUAAUCAUUCCAUUUUGGCUAAAUUUGCGCGGGAAGGCGGAAAGCAGUACGAAGAAGUGGCAAGCUCAUUAAAGGCAAGUGCAUGGUGUAAACGGAGCAGCCGGUCUGUGUCAGCGGCGCUUGCCGGGCAGUUAUUCUCAACACUAGGGAUGGUGUUUUAUGCACGUUCCCACCUUCACCUUGCCACCUCGAUGCAGGACACGGAAAACGUUGGUAUCGCCAUUGCCCAUUUUGAGAAGGCAAAGAGCUAUCUGGCACAGGUUCAAAAACUGCCCACUGCGGAGCUCCGUAGUUGGAUUAGCAGCAUCAUCAGCAACGUAAACAAGGAACACGAUAAGGCAAUUGCGGCAAACGAGUCUGUGUACUUUGUGCGCGUUCCGAAGGAGGUAGAGGCCCCGACAGGUCUUCCGCGUCCUCUUGGAAAGGCCACUGAACACAUCAGCUUUACCAGUUUUCAGUCAAAGCGUGGCGAGGAUCCAUUUUUUGGUAUUGUUCCAGCACAUAUUGUUCUCAUUGUCUCCAAGUGGCGUGAGAAGGAACGUAAUCUCGUCUCAGUUUGUAACAAGUCUUGUGUCUCCAGUCGUACAAAGGCAAAUGAACGAUGGCAGGCGCUUGGUGUGACAACUAUUAUUGAGGUUUUGUCUGGUGAGUCCAAGAACCGUGGACAAGUUCCCAAGGCGCUCUGUGAGAAAAUUCAAUCACUCCACGCGGGUGAAAAUGGUGCGACCAAAAGUAUUGUGGAGGAUUUGGUGUCUGCCGUGAAAACUUGCGACGAACUUUGGGUUGCCAUCAAUGAUAAAGUACAGCAAGUGAAGGCAGAGCUGGAGGCGGAACACAAAGAAGAUGAGGCCCACGUGGCUGCAUACGGAGAGCGGAUGUGGCACAGCUCGCGUCGUCCGUCAAAUGAGGCUGCAGACCGCCUUUCUAUUGAGGCGGCACUUCAGGAAUAUGAAAAGGGGCUUAGGCAGUGGUUCCUAGACCCAUUCACGAGAGCCAAAACGUUGCUGGAGGGAAGCCUUCGCGAUCUUGCGAGGCUGGACUGGUCAAUGGAAGACCUGGAUGCGCUGAUGCCGUUUGUGGAAACAAAAGAGUCCCGUCAACAGAGUGCAAAGGUCCUGGAACAAGUUGAUGUGCUUAAGCAUUUGACUCAGCGUAAACAAAAAGUGGAGGCGACACAGGAAGUUCGGCUGCGAGAAUUAAAUGAACUCAUUGAGUCAGACAAUGUGACGUUUGCGCUUUCAUCGAUGGAGGCUAGUCAACAAAAUUCCAUCUUGGAGUGGGCGUCCAAAAAAAUCAGUGACGCGAUUGAGCGCGCCAAUGAAACGAUGCGGGAGGAAGAGCAAGUCAUGACAGAGGUGGAGCAGGUUGUGAACAGCCUUGGUGUCCUUCAAAGCUCAGAUCCCAUGAUGGCGGAGAUGCAGAAGGUGUGUAAUGGUUUAGAGAACGCCUGCUCUGUCUACACGGAUCUUCGUCAGGAGUUUGGGGAUAUUAUGCGGUACGCCUCCUCCACCUUGGACGGGUUGGAGUCUGCGCUCUCCAGCGCCAAGUCCUUUGUGGUCUGCCGUAAGUUGGAGGCGGAGGGGCUACGCGCGACUCUUGAUGAGCAAAUUGCGCAAAAGAUUUUGCAGAUGCAGCAAAGUCAAGAAAACACAGCCAUCAUUAACGAGUCGCGGCAGCGCCAGGAUGAACUCCGAAGUCAGAUUGAAUCACUCGAACGACAGCGAGAACAGUGGGAACCACAACGCGAGGAACGCAUGGCAGAAAUCUUGCGGCGGCAGCGUGAAAUGGCGGCGGCGUUUAACACGUCUGUCUCUCCACCAACAACAGCUCCUGCGAAUGCAGACGCACCGCCCAGCUACGAUUCGAUAAUGAAUGCGUCUCGUUACCCAUCAUCAUCACCACCACUGUACCGUCCGUUGUAA